GCCGGAGCAGUGCGUGUCCUCCAGCACCUUCGGUUAAGUUUAAAACUCCAGCGCGACUAUUUCCUCCCUGCCAGUAGUCCCCACGUUGACACACGUUGCCCACGCACGCACGCGGCCCGCCCGGAGCACGGCUUCCUGCCCUGCCCGCCUCCUCCGCUUCGCUGCGACCGCGACGGCGAGGGGGCGGAUCCCCAUCUCCGGCCCACCCAUGGCCCCCGCCGCGCCGGAGGAGCUCCAUUGCGCGCCCGCGCCGGACAAGCCCCCGCCUUUGGCCCCGCAGGGCGAGCUCCGGUGGCUCCGCCGGUGCGCGGGGCAGGGCGACGACCUCCGGUGGCUCCGGCGCUGCGUGGGGGCCGCCACCAAGGGCUUCGCCAUCGGCGCGGGGCUCAAGGGCGGCCUCGCGCUCUUCUCCGUCCUCGUCCGCCUCCGCAGCCGCCGCUCCCCCAGAUCGAGGAAGGCGGGCGCGAUGACCAACGACGAGGCGGCGCUGCUGGCGCUCAAGGAGACGGUCAGGUACGGCAUGUUCCUGGGGACCUUCGCCGGCGCCUUCGUCUCCGUCGACGAGUGCAUCGCCGCCCUUUGGGGCCGCAAAAGAACAGCAAGGUGGAGGUCAUUAUUAUCCGGGUUAAUUGCUGGUCCUUCUAUGCUCUUGACGGGGCCAGGCACGCAGCAUACCAGUUUGGCAAUAUACAUUCUCAUGCGUGCUGCGGUGCUUGCAUCCCGUUGUGGAAUAAAGAGCAGAAGAUUUGGAAAGAUUUGCAAACCUUUGACCUGGUCACAUGGUGAUAUCUUCCUUAUGUGCCUUUCAUCUGCACAAAUUUUUGUAUGGAGUUAUUUGGGCCCGAUGGUCCUAUUGCACUACACCCAAUGCUCGGAGCUAGCUAGCAUUUCAAAUUUAUGCAGAUCUGCAUACAUUCUACAGCAGGACAGUUUGCCGUCAUCAUAUAAAUCAUUUCUGAAGACGCAUGGUGGAAAGGACCAGUCUAUUCUGCAAGGCUUGAAGGAAGUAGUUAACCACACUGCUUUCUCUAACCUAGAGGCUAUUGAGAAGUAUUACAAAUCUGUUGGUGUUGACAUAAAGUUGGAUCCAGACAUGAAAGUGCCCUGCUCAAUUGUGCAUGGUAAUCAAUCAUGUGCAGGACAUUUUAUUUCAUUCUUGUUACAAGCAUAUGGAAGAGCAGUUCCUGUCUAUAUUCCAGUCUACCUAGUUCCUGCACUUGUAGUUCAUCGGCAGGAUCUGAUGAAAAGGCCUUACACAAUAAUGGGGAAGAGUCUUCUAGGAACAGCAAGAUCUAGCCUGUUCCUCUCAAUGUAUUGUGCAUCUGCAUGGGCUUGGACAUGCUUCCUUUAUAGAACCUUCGAGAAGUGCAGUACUCCACUCGUUGUACUUGGCACGUUCCCGGCGGGUCUGGCACUGUUUAUCGAGAAGAAAAGCAGGAGAAUCGAGAUAUCUCUGUACUGCCUUGCCAGAGCCAUCGAGAGUUUCUUCACAUGCAUGACCGACGCCGGGCUCUGCCCUCCAAUAUUGCAGAUCAAGCGAGCUGAUGUAGUGGUUUUCAGCAUGGCCACCUCGAUCAUUAUGCACUGCUAUGCCCAGGAAAGAGAGGUUUUCCGGUCCAAGUACCUGAAUGUCCUUGACUGGGUAUUCGGUGUGCCGCUUCCGUCGGAAGACAAUGAUAGUAAAUGCCAUUCCACAUCCAGUGAUGGAAUCAAGAAAGGAAUAUUCUCCAUUGGAUGAUGGAAUCAGGAGGUGGUUCGGUAGCUUUGCUGGUCGAUCUUAGUGCAAGAGUAGAUAGGCACAUUAGAUGGGUUCUUUUAGCUUACAGUGAGCCUUGUACAGGAGGCUCUUCCCAAAUCCCCAGAAGCGGAAUUUAAUGGGUGUAACAAAUCAUAGACUUAUUCAAUUGAUUUAUGGAAAAACCAAUGCCCUGGUCCAGGACAUAUGAACUGUAAACUAUUGAUCUUGUGAUAUUGUACCUCCUUAUACUGCCUGAGAAUGGAACCCUUAUCAUUCAACCGUGCCAUCGAA